UUUUACUCAAGGGUUUGUUUUCGCGAUUUCUUCACACGGUCUUAGACUCGUAGGGCGACGAUGGCGAAUAUACCUGCGAACCGAAGACUUUCUCGCGGCCGAAAAUUCCUUUAUCAAAGCGAAGUCGAGAAGUUCCUCCACGAGGACCCGAGUUCGCGGAAGAAAUUUCUAUCCUUGCUGCCAAUUGCGGAAAACACAAAGGCGAAACUCUGCAAGAAUGAAAGCCUGAGCGAAGUGUUGGAGAAAUUGGAGGAGUAUAGCUCGGGUGUCUGCCGUAUUGUCGUUGCAACUCCAAGCUCGAAGUUUAAACACGUAGGCACUGGGAUAUACAUGGGCGAAGGCUGGGUGCUAACGACUUCACAUGUGAUCCGCAACCGAGAGCAAGUGGAAAACGCAAGCUGUGUUUUCUCGUUUGGAGGGGUGACCCUAAUGUUCGCUGCUCAAGAGAGGAGAGCAGUAGUUUACCGUAUGGUCCCACCAGGUCGAAGGCCUGACUACCGCAAUCGAGACUUGACUCUGAUCAAACUCGGUGUUCAGUACACAGGUCUGCGCAAGAAACAGGAGAACACGACCUGGGAGAGAGAUGAGCAGGAACUACUGACGCGACUUAAACCGUUCGACUUCAGGAACCUGGUUAAAGGAGACGAUAACAUGCCUCGCCAGGGGGACCUCCUCUGUGCCAUCUUCCACGGCAAAAACACUGAUAGCUUGAGAUUCCAAGUCUCCAUCGGGGUGCCUGACACCUAUACAAUCCUUAACACACAAGUCCUGAAACUCUCCGGCGGCUUCGACGCCGCAGUGUCCGGUUCACCGCUGAUUGUACGCCGAGAUGGGGAAUAUUCCUUAAUGGGGAUCCUCUUUGCCGGGGCGUAUUACAACGCCGGUGGUGGCUUAUACGCAUACACUGGCGAAGGGCUAGUCUUCAAUGCAGACAUCCUGGAGAGCGUCACAGUGGGAAUGAAAGGUGUUGAUAAAAUGGGCACUAUUCAAAUGUAUAGCGUUAAUGUUCCGUUUGACGAGCGCGCUAAGCUUCUCACACAAAAAUCGGUGUACCGAGCCGCGGAGCUGGCAGUUAACAGCAGAAUUCUUAUACUGUAAAGCACUACAAGGCUUGCAGGAAACCACAUAUUUCUAGCACUGAUUUAAUAAGGAAGAGCUUAGGUGUAAAAAAGCGAUUUCUGAUUUCUAGCCACGCGCGGAUGUAGCGUUUAGAAAGAAAUGAAUGAACACUCAAAUCUUGAAGUGCAAAACUGUCUGGAAACUUAAUGAAGCUAGCAGCUUGCUUCCUUUUAAAUUUGAAAAUACAAGGGAUAACUCCCGUGAAAAAUAUUGCUUAUUCAUAAAAAGUAUAAUAAAAAAAAUAAUAAGUCCAGCAAUUCCCACCACGGUUUAAAUACACACUGUAAUACAAAAGGUUCCGAAAUAUAUCCUGUUCCAUAUCAAAA